UCCCCACCCCACCUCUCGUGGAUAGCAAACUACCCGCAGAAGCAGGCAACACCGGAAGCCUCUCGAAGCUUCCUAAUUCCGUCGAAUCCUUCCCCGAGCCCUAAUUCUCUCGCCGAAUUCGCCCGAUCCAACUCGUGAUCUCUCGGUUCCCACCAAUGGGCGACAAGGAGAAGGCAGCGGAGGCGGAGGAGGAGUACGAGAGCGACCUCGACGACGCGCCCCUCCCGGCGGUGCGGCGCCGCGCCGCGAGCGAUGACGAAGAGGAGGGUGAGGAUGGCGGUGGGACGCCCUCGCAACCGAGGAAGGCCGGAUCCGACGCGGAAUCCGACGGGCAGGGCGCCGCCGAGGUGUACGACGAGGGCGUGUACGAUGAUGGCGAGGAGGAGUACGAGGAAUACGAGGAGGUGUACGAGGAGUUUGAGGAAGGAGGUGACGGAGGGCGUGGGGAGGCCGCCGAGACGGUGGCCGCAGCGGGACGGGAGGAGGGCAAGGCGGGGGAUGGGGAAGCUCAUGAGGUGGAUGAGGCAGCGGCAGGGGAGGAGGAGAAGAAGGGGAACGAGCCCUACGCUGUGCCAACAACCGGCGCAUUCUACAUGCACGACGACCGCUUCCAGGAGGCCCGUGGCCGUGGCCGUGGGCGCCAAAGGAGAAUGGUGAACAAUAGAAGGUUGUGGAAUCCUAAAGAGGAGCAAGCCUGGGUUCAUGACAGAUUUGAAGAGCAUGAUAUUCAUGGUGGCAAUACAAAAAGAAAGCAGGGAGGUCGCUUUAGAGGACGUGGUGGUGGACCUGGUGGUAGAACUCGUGGUAAUUUCAGAGGCAACAGAUCUCAAACAUACUAUCAUGAUGGUAGCAAGAACUACAGCUAUGUUCCAAAGGAAUCUCAUGUUCACCUUGAUAAUACCAAGAACACACGACGCGCUUUGUACGAUAAUGUGAAGAGCAGAGCUCCAAAGCCAUCCCAUGCUCAAUAUGAUGAUGUCAGUCACUAUGACAUUGUUCCGAAAGAAUCUCGCACUUACUACGGUGAUGCUAAAAGUCAAAAGAAUGCGCCAAAAGUAGUUCGAGGAAGAGGCUCUAAACGCUACCAGCCACGCUGGAGGAGUACCACUGAGAUAUCUUCAGUGCAAAACAAUAAAUUUCAGAAUGAAGACACUUCGUCAAAUGCAAACUUGGGAAAAAGCCAACCUCAAACUUCAAAUUCUCAACCUGAACAAGUUCUUCCAAUUAAGCAAACUGUUGCAUCAAACUUGAAUUCGGCUUCACCACCCUUUUACCCUUCUAGGUCGUCCCAUCAGGAAUUCCAAGUUAGCCAGGUAGGGAAUGGACAACCUAGUACUACUAGCAGACCCUUUGUUUCUCCGACCCCACAAUAUGGCAACCUUUUGAGAGGGAAGUCUUUUGUACCAUCAGUUGGGCAUGUUGAAGCUGCUAUGAAGGGAAUGAAUAGCCCAUUGCAUUCAUCUGCAUCAUCGUCAAAUGGUCCAUUUCCCGUAGCAACUAAUCAAGUCACUAGAGAUUAUGUUCGGCCUUCAUAUCCAAUUGUUCAACCAAGUCCAGUUCUACCAAGUCCAGUUCAAUCAUCUACACAAUCUGCUCCAAGGAUGCCUGCCCAGAUGUUUGGAGCACGAUUUGGUAGUAGCAAUAAAAUGCCAUCUUCCAGACAACGUGGCUCGACAUUUUUGAAUGAAGAUACAGAAAUCUCUUCUCCUAGUGGAUCAAACAAACUUAAUACUCGAUUAACAUUAAAGGGACAACCUGGUGACCAGGGGGAAGAGUGUGCUUCUUUUCUUUACGGUGGAGCUCAUGUUCUUGGGGCUACAGGUGCAAUGGGCCUUACACUUGGUGACCAAGGUAUCCAUGGCACCCCGGCACUGUUGCCAGUUAUGCAGUUUGGAGGCCAGCGUCCAGGUGGACCUGGUGUUCCUUCGAUUGGUAUGACUCUACCAGGAUUUGUAUCUCAACAACAACAACUUGGUCUCAGCAAUUCUGAGAUGACUUGGCUACCAAUAUUGACUGGUGCCUCUGGAGCUUUAGGAGCAACUUAUGGUUCGCCUUAUAUAGCUGUGGAUGGGAGCUAUUACUCCCAACCAUCUUCAUCAGUUUCUCUUAGAGAGCCAAGUUCAAAUAAUGCCUCUUCUCUGUUGAAGUCCCAUGAAAUAACAGAGGUUGUAGGCGAUGAACUCGGUCAACGCCAAAACAAACCUCGCCGAUACUCGGAAAUGAACUUUGGCCAAUGAACAUAGUGAUGAUGGUAAUUACUGUGGUCUCAUUUCUCAGCUUUGGGUCUGAGUUAGACUUGUGAAGACCUACUAUCUUAAGGCCUUCCUCAGUCCUUGCAACAUUUCACUGUUUGAUGUCUAGCACUAUGGGCUAAUUUGUAAUCCAAAAAACGCCAGGUACAUAUGCUUCUUCUACUGCAUGCUGAGCACAUAUCCAGUAUCGUGUGACUUUUGAAAUUCCAUUUGAAGUAGUGAACAACCCGGUUUGGAUAUUCUAGACUUCAGAAGCUAGUUCAGAAUCUGUUGGUUGUGGCUACCAAAUCUGACAAGCUUGACAUUGCACAUGUGCAGGUAUGACAGCUGACAAGCUUGACAUUGCACAUUGCACAUGGUCAUUGGUGUUAUUGCAUUAUUAGGUAAGGUGAGAUUUAUACGGUACUCUAUGAUACCAUGUUGAGCGUCCAUUGUGUAAAGUCAUAAGCACGAAGAAUGUGAUUAUGAGGUGUCUCCAUUCUGUAAAGCUUGUGUCUUAUGGUAAAUGAGUUUGUGUACUGGGUGUUGGUUUGCUUCUGUGCCUGUCUUCUAGUGUUCAGCUGACUUGCCAGCUCUUUGCUUAUGAAGCUCUGUAAACUUGCAAUCUGUUCCACUGUGUUCAUGACAUUGUCCAGGACUGUAGUAGGGGACGAAUUAAUAAUAUAUUCUGAGUUAUGGUGGUAAA